AAAGUUCAUGCGAGAGGACUGAAAAUUAAGCCAAAACAUACGUCGAAAGAAAAGACAAUUUCAGUGCUAAACAACUCGAAUUUAAAGACUAAACCUGUCGAAACAGACGAUUUGUCAAGUGAAACACAUUCACGUUUGGAAGAAUCAAAAAUGGGCGCACAAACAGAUACAUUUUCUGAAAAUUGCAAUGAUUUUGAUCUACAACAAACUCAAGUGAAACUGGAGUUAGUCCCGGUCAGUUUACCUAUCUUGGAUGUCCAAGAAGAAGCUUUGGAUAACAGAAGAUACGAAGAUGAGCAUAAAUUUGCAAUAGAGGAUAUAAUUGUGAUCGAGGAAGUGAAAAUAGAAACCCGUCCGGAUGAAAAUGAGGAAUUCUGUAAUAACGAGACUUUGGCAGCCGUAAAGGAAACUGACGAAGACAAAACUGAAAUCCAUUCAAAACAGUAAAGCGAGGAACAUUUAGUCAUAAAUGAUAUAAUUGUGGUCGAGGAAGUGAAAAUAGAAACUCGUCCUGAUGACAAUGAAGAAUUAUCUACUAACGAGAAUUUGGAUACUGUGAAGGAAGUUGGUGAAGACAAGUCCAUCGACAAAAAUGAGAGCAAUGCAAAACAUAAGUCCACAUCUGAAGAUGCUGUUGACAAUGAUGAUACAAGUAGUAAAGUUAAAACUGCUGAUGACAUUAAUAAUAGUGUCGAUCAAGCUGUUUCAACCGAACACAUUGGAAAUAGAUAUGCAUGUUCAAAAUGUGAUCGAACAUUCAAUCGACAAUGUCAAUUGAAAAAUCAAAUGGAUAACCAUGAUAUAACAGAAGGAUCGACUGACGUGAAUGAUGAAGAUUUAAGUACUGCUGAAGAUGUAGAUUUAGACUACAGCACACCUGCCACUGAUAUUGCUGAACCGAUUCAACCAAAAAGAAAUAUCAAGAGCACCAACAAAGGACCAUUCCAGUGUGACAUAUGUCAGAAGGUAGUUUCGGAUAAAAGAAAAUUAAAAGACCACAAAAGGUGUCAUAAAUCAAAAGAUCAUGUUUGUACCAUUUGCGAAAGGCCUUUCUUGAGACGACCUGCCAUGCUAAGGCAUAUGGAGACGCAUACAUCUCGACCUAAAUAUCAGCGAGCGAAGCCAGUAAUAGAAGGGCCAAUUCAGUGCGAUAUUUGCCAAAAAGAGUUUAAGAGCAAAAGCAUUCUGUAUGGUCUUAAGUUGAAAGUGCAUGGACCUAAAAAACAUGAGUGCAACAUAUGCGGCUCCAGAUUCUCCGAUCGGUUUACGUUGAAAAUGCACUUCAAGGCACACGUUCGAUCUCGCGAUAGUGAAGAGGAUUUUCGACUAUUCAAACAAAUGACGAAAACUGACAAUACGAAAGAAGCUGACGGUAAAACAGAGAAUGAGCAAACUUCAACUGAGCACACUAAGCAUAAACAUGAAGGUUCUUUGAAAGAUUGUGGAAAAUGCAAAAAGGUAUUCAAAACUCAAAGGGAAUGGUUGCACUACAAACUUAAUCAUGUUCCGAAGAAUCGCCUUUAUUGCUCUUUGUGUAGCUUGGUAUUUGUAACAAGAUAUCGAUUGGAGCUCCAUAUGUUGAAACAUAAGCAAGAGAAUGACAGCUCUCAAACUGCAACUUCUUCAAGUCUGAGUGUGGCCGAUGCAGUCAAGGGUAUCGAUCAAAGUACGAUUAGUUCGGAACAAAAUUCAACAUCUGUUGCUCUAACAGUUCAGAUGGACAGAGAUGUUGGCAAACCGCUGCCAUUCCAGUGCAACAUAUGUCAAAAGAUAUAUCAAACCAGACUUAAACUGUAUUUACACCACAGAGCAGUACAUGGGCCAAAAAAUCACAACUGUGUUAUUUGCUCAGUUCGCUUUGCCACGCGACUAGAGCUGAAAAAGCAUUUAUGUACAAAGCAGCACAUUAGGAAACUACAAGAAACACUUGGGAAUAACGAGACUACCAUCGAGAAAAAUGGUUCGGAAAAAGAUCAGGGCAGCAAUUUACUUGCACUGACAACAGAAGUUACCGAACAACAAGAAGUACAGUGUGAUGUAUGCCAUAAAUUAUAUCCAAAUAAGUGGAGAUUACAUAACCACAAAAGAUAUCAUGGACCAAAAGCAAAACGUAUGGCUUAA